GCGCACACACACACUCGCUCUCGUAUACAGCCUUACAGAGACAGGAGGGGAGAGUCAGAGACGUGGAGAAGAAGAAGAGGAGUGAGAGAGAGGGAGAGAAUGUCUGCUGAGAGGGUGGCUCUCGUUCCUCGUUCACAAACCGGCCCUCGCUGAGACACCAUGGGCUGUAUUGGCUCCCGCACCAUCACGGCGGAUGCAGUUCCCGUUCGGAAAGAUGGGGAGCAGCAAGGACGUGCCGAGUUUUCCUGGGAAGGAAUCAAUCUGUCUAUGGAGGACACCACCUCCAUUUUACCCCGUCUGAAGCGGAACUCCAACGCCUAUGGGAUUGGAGCUCUGGCUAAGUCCUCUCUGACAGGUGUGUCAGGGGUUACCAGAUCAAUGAAGGACAAAGUGACCAAACCCACUGCCAUGGCUCAGGGUCGGGUGGCCCAUAUGAUUGAGUGGCAGAGCUGGGGUGUACCAUCAGCAGGGCCGGAAGGGGGAGCGGGCCGCUCCAACCUGAACCGUGAGAGAGAGAGACGGCUUGAAAAUGACGCCUAUAGUGACUUGAGUGACGGAGAAAAAGAAGCACGAAUGGCAGCAGGCAUUAUGCAGCAAUUUGCCAUCUCUGAGGCCACACUCCUAGCCUGGACCUCUAUGGAUGGAGAGAGUUUCUGUGUGGACUCCAACCAGGGCAGCGUGGCUCACCUCAGUGAGGUUAACCAGGAGAGCAUCACUAGCAGAGACCAGCCGUUGCAUCAUUCCUCUGCAGAUAUGUGGCCUCACACUUACGUCUCCCAAGGCCUUUAUUGUCUCUCCUCCUCUGAUGCGUGGGAGCCAAUCAGCAACGAGCCAUCAGGCGUGGCUUCUCCCGCUGCCGGCUCUUACAUCAUGGCGGGCGGGGCUUCGGGUGAGGGUUAUGACGGCUCCACCCACUAUCUGACACAGCAGCAGUUGACGUUGCAGCAGCAGAACCACCUACAGCAGUUCCAACAGUAUCAGCAGUACCAGCAGCAGCAGCUCCUGCAGUACCAACAGUCAUUGGAACAUCGACUGCACAGCACCUCCCAAUCCUUACAAGCCACGCCCAACAGCACUAUUCACAGUUUGGGCCCACCCACUCACCCGAGACUAGCUGACUUGUGGGCGUCGGCUCAGGUGGAGCCCCAUCAGGUGGAGUUGAUGGGACACAUGGGCAUGUCCGCGGCUGAAAUGGGAAUGGCGGAAAUGUACGGCGAGGAAUCCGCCAUGGAGACAGAAUGCAUCCUGGAGCAGCAAGAGGAAGAAGAAGGCAAGGAGGAUGACAUAACACUUACCCUUGAACCCGAGCCGACAUCCGUAACACCCGUCCUGACUCCUCUGCCUCAAAGAGAGGACUCCACCCCACCUGGGGUCAUGAGCCCAGGACAAGCACCAGCAGAGCCAAUGACUGAGCACAUGACCUACGAGGUUACAUCCUGCGUCGUCCAAUCGCUGGAGGAGAAAGAAGAAGAGGUGGAGGAUGGGGCCGUGGUUGCUGUGGCAACCAACUGACGGUUCAAAUUGAGGGCCAGCUGAAAGGACGGAGCGAGGAACAUAAAAAAUGAAACUGUCUGUAAAAAUAAUCAACCAAUUAAGCUAUUGUAUAUGCCCUUUUACCCCAGAUGUGUACUCGUACAAACUGUAACAUCAGGAACAGAUUUAUUCGUUAUUAAACGCUAAAAGAAUGCUCUCUUGGAGCGCCGGGCGCAUAUAGAGACCAAACGUUGGAGAGCGUCAAAGCCAGGAUGAUACAUUAUAUGCGCUGCUGCUGUUUUAUGCGGGAGUGCAAGUGCAAGUCCAAGGCCACUUGCAUAUGAAAACAAAGAGUGCAAUACUGAGAAAUCAAUACAACCAAAAGAAAGUGCAUGCGUUUUUUGAGUAUUUAAUUGACUGAAUUAACAGUAUCAACAUAGUAAUAAUAUAUAUAUUGAUUUUUGUAAUAAAACUAAAAGCCAAUGAAACAAUAUGUAUUUGUAUGUAUAUAUAAUAUGUAUGUACUGUAUGUAUGUUAGUAUGAAUGUAUGAAUGUAUGUCUUUAAAGGUAUAUUCUGAAAAAAAAAAAAAAAAUGUUAUGAAUUUGCUGUUUGCGUGAAGUGUCCCCAUGUACCUCCAACACACACACACACACACACACACACACACACACACUGAUGUGCACACAUUUACACAUCCUGGAAAACAUAUUUUUGCUCUUAAUAUAACCAAGCACAAUACUGCCCAAAUGGAAACAGUGCUGCCCUUUUCAACAUCCUAACUGUAUUGUUACUAAGACUUAUGCACUACUAUGGACAUAAACGAAUGUAUUGCCCAUCUUCUUUAGCGACAGCCCGGUUCUGUCCUAAAGUUUUUUUUUGUUCUACUUAAUAUUUUUUCAUCAAUGUAUGUGUUUAUCUGUUUAUCUGCCUGGCUGAGCUGCUCAAUAUUGAUUUGCACUGAACAACAAAAGGAAAACUGAAGAGUCAUCAUCGUCAUUCUGGGAAGUUCCAUCAAUCUUCUCAUGCAAAAAGAGGAGAAAACUUUGGAUACUUUUAAUCCAUUGAGUCUGAGACUACAGGAAACCAAAUUGGGAAUCCUGAAGACCACUCAUGGAUCCAUCCAUUUCCAUUUUUGAUGAACUAAUAUGUAGGAGCCAUUUGCUUCAUGCGUAUUUUCCAUGUUAAUUUGUCGCUUUCAAAUUCUGUAGCUGACAUAAUGCAAAGAGAUAAACUCAUUACCUCAGUAAAAUCUUGUGGUAAUGGGCUAAUUGACAUGUUUGGUCACAGUAUGUUUUUGUCACAACAGACCGUAUGACUGUGGAAAGAAGUAAAAAGAAGGUGCUUUUCUGGUUUGUGCUUGUAGGCUUUCCACUAAUUAUUUAAUAUUUAAGCUGUUAUUUAAAUACCCGCUGCAGAAAAAAGUGCCAUCGACUACUAGUGUGCACAUUUUAAUUCUUUGUCGAUACUUAUAUACGUUCCAAAAGAGAGGAAAAAAAAGUGUUUUCGAUGUGGCAACAUUAAAACUAACUUAGACUUAGAAGCCGUUUGGUUUCACAAUGAUUUUUAUUCUUUGAUGAUUUUGAGAGUUUUGAUUAAUGCCGUUAUGCAAUGCUGAGGCAACAUUUAUUUUUCUAUACUAAUGAGGCCUGCAAGUUGUCAUUCUUUGUGAUAUUUCGAACAUCGUAGGACUAGUAUCUGCUGAAGGAGAGUCAUUUUCACAGAUCUAAAGGAUGUAUUUGGAUUGAAAUUCGAAACCAGAUAAAAUGAGAGAGAUUGAAGUGAAUAAUCUCUUGAACAAAAUUACAUUCUUUGGAAAAUACACUCUUAGCAUCUUCGAUGUAAGAGCUCUUUGUGAAAUGUCCAAAGGAUGGCAACAUUAAUAGCUGACAGCAAUGAUGUCAUAAGGUCAUAAUUCUGUCAUACUCUGUGAAAUAUGAUGCACUUAGUGCAAAAUGGCAAAGAAAUGCGGUUUUUGGUUAUUGUGGUAUAAAUGCGGUUUCGGGAAUAAAAAAUAAAGCUAGGUAGGUAGUGAUAUUGCCGUUUCUUCAACUCCAUUCGGUGUCAUCAUGUAACCUCAUUCAAAUCAUGUGCAUUUUAAUGUGCUGUAAAUAAAAACCUUAUUGUGAA